CGGAAGCAGCAGGACGCAGCAUCUCGCCCACCCUCCCCAUCAGAUGUGUGUGUUUAUUGUCGCAGUUGGCAGAGGGUACCUUGACAAGGACCCCCAGGGGAAGUGAAAAUGGGGUAUUUCACAGCAAGUGGAAUUAGCCUGGUAGUCCGGGUCCUCAUGGGAAGGUGGAUCAACCAAGGAUUCCAGGAAAAGGCAAAAUUUAAUCGCCAGUCGCUGGGGGGAGGGGGUUGGUACUGGGGGAUCGCUAUAUAAAGUUGGACCCUCUGAAAACUGCAGGGGAGAAAGACCUCUCUUUAUCUGUCUCUUCCAGGCUCAUCUGUGGCAUCGUCACAUGAGAAGAGAAAAUGGACGAAUUUCGUGGAAAAGUUAUCACUGAUGCUGAUCUCACUGAGUUCCGGAACCAGUUAGCUCAGUAUGAAGACAGCCAGUUGGGCACAUUCUAUAAGUAUUUCUGGGAGGACCUGCUCUAUAUUCUUGAGUCUUUGGACACUCUGAGUAUCCUGAGGGAGCUGAAUUUCAGAAAUCCCAUCUCUCUGGAGCACUAUCAAGCCCUAAAGAAGCAAUGUGGCGCCACUAUAUUUGCUCAGAUGUUGUUAGAAGAUAUUAAUGCAUCUGGGAGAGACUCUGUCCUUGGAUUUUGGGAAAGUCUCUUUGUUCUACAGAAUGAACACCCUCACCCCAACCUGCUGGGGGUACUGGAUGAACUCAUUCAAACAGCUGAAAUUCUGGGGCAGCAAAUUAUGUUGGAUGGAAAUGGACCUGAUCAAGCGCCUGAUCUCAAAAGCUGCCAGAAACAGCACAGAGAGAAUCUCCUGGAAAAAAACGAGAAUCUGGUGGAACACAGAGCCCCAGGAUUAACCAAUGAGAGCCAGAGUUUCAAUAUCUCCGAGCGCUAUUUAGACCUCAUUGUCGUCUCCAGCCAUCGCUUCAGGUCUCGUCCUCAGCAUGAGCUCAUUGCAACAGGGGGAAUCCACGAACAUAUAUUACAGAAAAAUCAGAGUUAUCUGGAGCGGAUUACCCCGAACCGUCUGUUCCGCUGGUGCCACAGAAAGAGAUGUGUGCCGCAGACAGUGCUGGUGAGCGGAGUGCCAGGGGUGGGGAAAACAACAUUAAUGCAGAAGUUUGUCUAUGACUGGGCCAAAGGGAAACUCUACCAGAGAUUUGCUUUUGUCUUCUUCUUCAAAUUCCGCAAUCUCAAUAAUAAGGAUGAGCUGAGCUUGGUAGAAAUGAUUGUUGAUGAAUAUCCCUAUCUCCACAGUCAGCUUGAGAGAAUCUUUCACAAUCCUGAGCAUCUCCUUUUUAUUUUUGAUGGCCUGGAUGAAAGCAGAGGCCAAAUAGAUUUAAAGCAGAAGCAACUGUCGUCAGACCCACUUUCCAAGCAAACCGUUAACACGAUUGUCUCCAGUUUGGUGAGUCAGACCCUCCUUAAGGGUUGUUCCGUACUAAUUACCAGUCGCCCAACCAGACUUACCGCAGUGGAAACUUCUGUUUUUAGUCGAAUAUCUGAAAUCAUGGGAUUUUUCCCCAAAGAAAGAGAAAAGUAUUUUCAGCAUUUUUUUAGCGAUUAUACAAUGGCACAAAAGGCUUUCCAUUAUGUGAGGGAGAACGGGAUGCUGUACACAUUCUGCUACAUCCCAUCCUACUGCUGGAUCAUCUGCACUGUGUUAUCCAUGUGCUUCAGAGGCCAAAAGAAUAAAUUCACAUCAACUGUGGAAUUCCUUCCCAAAACUGUCACCCAACUGUUUGCCAGCUUUUUAAGUAACAUUCUUGCCAAUCACUGUCAGGGCGGGUCUAUUGAUAAGAAUUUCUUGAUAUCCAUUGGUUGGAUGGCAGAAAGUGGGGUAAAUAGUCACAUUCUUUCAUUUACAAAAGAUGAUUUGGAAACAUUUAGUGUGGAUACUUCCUCACAUCUGGUGACAAGCUUUUUAAUGGAGAGUGGGCAGUCUCCCAAUGUGUCCUAUUCCUUCUUGCACCUCACCAUACAGGAGUUUAUGGCCGCCUUGGUUCACUACCUUGACUACUCUCCUGAAAGGCUGCAGAAGGCUCUUGAUGAUGCAAAAUCACAUGUAGACGGACGUGGGGAAAUAUUUCUUCGAUUCAUAUCUGGACUGUCUGACAGUUCUACCAGAUCCCUGUUGAAGCCAUAUGUAGGCGAUUUAUCAGUUCAAGCCUCCAAGCAUGUUAUUAGCUUUCUCCAGAAAUCCAUUCCCACUCCGCAGACACAGAAUAUUGACUAUAGGAAAGUUCUCAAUGUAUUUGCCUGCCUUGCUGAGUCCCGGAACAAAGCACUUGUUUCUUCAUCCAUUGGAUCAAACACACAUUUUGAGUUUUCGGAAUUCUUCCUGGCGCCUCUGGACUGCACAGUGUUGGCUUUUAUCCUAGAAUCCUGUAAGGGAACAGAAGUGCUAGACCUUGGUUCCUGUUUUAUUCAGACUGAAGGACUGGAGCGAAUAUCACCAUCUCUACAUACUGUGACUGAAGUCAGACUCACAAACAACAAUUUGAGGGAUGAGGAUGUGUCCCGCAUUUAUUCCAUAUUAACUCAUCCACAGUGCCGAAUCCAAAAGUUCAGUCUAAGAAACAAUGGCCUGACAGAGGAAAGCUGCCUCCCUCUGGCUUUGGCAAUCAAUGAAAACAAGUCCCUGAGGGACCUGGAUCUGUCCAAGAACAAACUGGCCGGGGCUGAUUUCUAUCAGUUGCUGGCGGUUCUUUCUGAUCCAACCUGCAAGAUUGAGCGUUUGGCACUCCAGGAGGCCAAGCUGACCCCAGAAUACUGUGACUCACUGCUCUCCCUGAAUAACAACACCAACCUCGUGUUCCUCAACAUCAGCAGCAAUUUCUUUGGCAACGCUGGUUACCCCCAUAUACAGAGACUUAUACUCACCCACCCCAGUCUGAAGGAGAUCAAGUUGGGGAUGAAUGAUUUCUCAGAAGAAACAGAGAAGAACCUGCUGCAGCUGCAGAAGCGCAGGCCGGAAGUGGUCGUUACAUUAUGAUGGGAAAGAGCAAGAAGCAACAGUGAUGUAACUAGAAAUUAUGGGGCAUCAGCAAAAUUAAUGCAGCCCCCCUCCCCCAAAUUAUAGGAACAGUACACAAUUUUAUAAACAUAUACUGAAGCUG